CACAAGCUGGGCUGGUCACCAUGGUGAUAGUGCUAACAUCUGUUGGUCUGCCAACUGACGACAUCACUCUCAUCAUUGCAGUAGACUGGGCAUUAGACAGAUUUCGCACCAUGGUCAAUGUAAUGGGGGAUGCUUUGGCCACAGGCAUCAUGGCACACAUCUGCAGAAAAGACUUCAUGAAAGAGGGAGAUGGGGUACCUUUGAUCUGUGAGACCAAAACAGCAAUGAGCACCCCUCCUGUGAUGAACUGCCACAACAACAAUGGCAACUGCCGACCCCCUCCUUUAGGGGUCAAACACCACUUCAUCCCUCCUGAAGUGGCUCAACUCAUACAAUUGGAGGAGGGCGUUCGGCCGCUUUCCGACAGGAAGAAACCUCCAAUUCCUCCGAGACAUCUGAAGAAAAGCAAAGAACACUGCACUAUAGAUAUGAAUGGCCUUGAGACCAAUGUAUAGCCUCCUCUUGCAGUUUGAAUGGUUCUCUGUACGUUAUGCUGAAAGGAGCGCAGCAGCAAAGGACACCUAUGCAGGCAGAAGGACAAUACAGAUGAGCUCAUCUAGCUCCACAAAAACAUUUUAAAGCAAAGCAGUUGCAAAAGACUCCACAAUAGCGCAUUUACAGUGGAAUUUAUGGCAACACAAGGACAAUGAUAAGAUUUCUAUUAUAAAAUUUGUCCUUAGUCCUGUACCUGCUAUUACUUGCAUUGAUUCAAUAAUUUUUAUUUGAUGUAUACAUUUUUUUAUGACUUUUUGUUUCUGUUUUGUUUUUUGACAAUGUAUUAUUUUGUACUGCUGUACUGCAAGCAGCCAGCUGUUUGCAUUAUAAAAGAUGAGACAGGAUGUCUGCUUGGAGCUAAAUGAUCAGGAGGCAAAGUGAAAUGCACACAUUUUUUUAAGUUUGCCUUAACAAAGCUGGUGGUGCUAGGCUGAUGGUUAUUAUGGGACAAGAGGGAGUUGAAUGAACUGAAUUUGUACCCACCCCUGUAGUGAUGUUAUAACUUUGAUAUGUGUUUAAAACAGAGAUUAGAACUGUUUUAUGUAUUUGAACAGCCUCAGGAUCAUUUAAUUUAAUUAAGCUUUCUGGCAUAUUAGCAGCCUGAAAACAUCCACUAGUAAUUUAAUUAAAUGUUUGUCAGUCGACUUGAUAUCAAACAGAAAUUGGCACAUUUCAAUAAAACAUUAAGUUACUAA